AUGAGUCUGGGUCUCGGUGACGAUGAAGAAUGCGAGACUCUGCAGGCGGCAUUGGCCUUCAUCGACGAGUACGGGAACGACCUGUUCAGCGACGAGAGCUCGUCAAGCUCCCGUGAAUCCCAUACUACCAAGCACAUCAGCAACAAUGUCACGCGGCAUUCAAAGCAGACCAACAGAAUUUCUCGCAAUACCGCCGGGACAACUAGUUUACCACGUCCGCGAACCAAAUAG